UCAAAGGCUGAAGCUCUCAGAGCUAGGAAGGCGCUUUAGAUGGCGGAUGAACCUUGGGAAGGGGAGAGCGUUGAGCCUCGCACGGCUCUCUUUAGCACUUGUGUCUCAACUUUGGUGAACUUUGAGUUCCGCUCAGGACACCAUAGUCGCGCGAAUUCGUUCAUUUUUUUACGUUUUGGAAUCUAAAAUUUAGAUUUUGUGACUUUGUUUCGUCGAAACAUGCUCUGCUGCGUGCGUAGAGUGGCCAGUCGUUGUUUUCACUGCCUUGUACUGGCAGCCAUGGCGGUCCUCCAUUUUUAGUGCGCUCUGCUGGGCUCCUCUCUCUCUCUCACACACACACACACACACACACGCUCUCCAGUGAAAUAGCCAGCCUUGGAUUACUGCUACUAUUUUUCGUUUCGAAUAUUAUUCCGAGUAUUAUUUUCAUCGAAGUCAUGGAAUAUUUUAUAUGUUUUUUUUUGCUUUGUUCUAAUGGCCAAACAAAGCGAUUUGUUUUGUCAGAUUUGAAUGUACUGCUACAAUCCUCCUGUCAAUGGAAUAGUUAAUACCUGGACAAAAGACCAUCAUUAACAAAAACCCAAGACAAAAUCAUGAUGAAGAAUAAGAAUAAAAAGCAGGAAGACGAAGGCUCGACCCAAAGCAAUGCUUCCAGCAACUCUGCAUCAGAAGAAUCUAACCACUCUGGAUCAGAGUCUGGUAGUCAGUCAGAGAGUGAGCAAGGAAGUGAAAGGGCCCCUUCCCGCCAUUCUGAGUCCAACAGCACCUCUGAUUCUGAGAGUCACUCUGAGUCUGAGAAUGAAUCCAUUGGGUCCAAGUCCCUUCAAACCUCAGCACAGGUCAAAGACAAACCAGUCAGGAAGAAAGACAACAUGGCAGAUGUGAAGAAGAUGUGGGAGGAACAUCCAGAUGUUUAUGGAGUUAGAAGAUCCAGUCGGAGCAGACAAGAGCCUGCCCGCCUCAACAUUGGAGCCGAGGGCAGCAGUGAUUCAGAGAGUGAAAGUCCGAAAAGAAAAGGCCUACGGCAGAAAAAGAAAGAAAAUAACUGGAAAGAUGACUCAAAUGACGAUGAGGAUGAUGAUGAGGAAGAGGCCAGCAGUUCAGAUAGUGAGCAGGAAGAGCAAAAAGUUAGAUCCAGACGACUUCCUGCUAGAAGACCACAGACCAAAUCCUCUGCAGGCAAGCAGCAGCAGUCACAAAAGGGACGUAAACAGAGGAAGCAGGAGUCUUCCGAUGAGGAAGAUGAGGAUGAUGAUGAUGAUGAGGAUACCCCAAAAAGACAAACAAGGCGCCGAGCAGCUACUAAAGUCAGUUAUAAGGAGGACCAGAAUGAUUUUGAGACUGACUCUGAUGACCUUAUCGAAAUGGCAGAAGGAGCUGAGGAGCAACAGGACGAUGACAGUGAGACCAUUGAGAAGGUCCUUGAGACCAGAACUGGCAAGAAAGGAGCUACUGGAGCUUCCACAACCCUUUAUGCCAUUGAAGAGAACGGGGACCCUGGAGCAGACUUUGACUCUGAGAAAGAUGAAGGGGAAACCCAGUUUCUCAUUAAGUGGAAAGGCUGGUCCUACAUCCACAACACCUGGGAGAGUGUGGAUUCCCUCACUCAGCAGAAAGUCAAAGGGGUUAAGAAGUUGGACAACUUCAAGAAGAAAAAUGAUGAGCUCAAUGCUUGGAUGAAGAAAGCAUCACUUGAGGAUUUGGAAUAUUACAACUGCCAGCAAGAACUAACCAAUGACCUGAGCAAGCAAUUCCAUAUAGUAGAGAGAAUCAUUGCAACAAGAACAGGGAAGUCACAAGUAUCUUCAGAUUUUCCCUCCCAUAAAACCACUUCCAGUGAGCCAGAGUACCUGUGUAAGUGGAUGGGGCUGCCCUAUGCCGAGUGCACCUGGGAGGAUGAAGCCGUAAUUAAAAAGAAAUUCCAGUCCUGCAUUGAUAGUUUCCAAAACAGAAAUGGCUCUAAGACAGUCCCUUCCAAAGACUGUAAGGUAUUGAAACAGAGGCCAAGAUUUGUUGCCUUGAAGAAGCAGCCUUCUUACAUUGGCGAUGAGAACCUUGAACUGAGAGAUUACCAGUUAGAUGGACUGAACUGGCUUGCACAUUCCUGGUGCAGGUGUAACAGUGUUAUUUUGGCUGAUGAAAUGGGCCUGGGGAAGACCAUUCAGACGAUCUCCUUCCUGUCCUACCUAUUCCAUCAGCACCUGCUUUAUGGACCCUUCCUGCUGGUGGUGCCGCUGUCAACCCUCACCUCCUGGCAGAGGGAGUUUGAUACCUGGGCCCCUGACAUGAAUGUAGUGGUCUAUCUAGGAGAUGUCAUAAGUAGAAAGACAAUCCGUGACUAUGAAUGGAUCCACCAGCAGACAAAAAGAAUCAAGUUCAAUGCACUUUUGACCACUUAUGAAAUUCUACUGAAAGACAAGGGAGUAUUGGGGAAUAUAAAUUGGGCCUUCCUUGGUGUGGAUGAAGCUCACCGUCUUAAGAACGAUGACUCGCUGCUGUACAAAACUCUGAUUGAUUUUAGAUCCAACCACAGGCUGCUCAUCACUGGGACCCCUCUGCAGAACUCACUUAAAGAGCUGUGGUCCCUUCUACACUUUCUUAUGCCUGACAAGUUUGAGUCCUGGGAGGAUUUUGAGGAUGAGCAUGGUAAAGGCCGGGAUAAUGGUUAUCAGAGCCUCCACAAAGUUCUGGAGCCUUUCCUGCUGCGUCGUGUCAAGAAAGAUGUGGAGAAAUCCCUGCCUGCUAAAGUGGAGCAAAUCCUCCGAGUCGAUAUGUCUGCCCAACAAAAACAGUUCUACAAGUGGAUCCUAACAAGAAACUACAAAGCCCUGUCCAAAGGCACCAGAGGCAGCUCCUCCGGCUUUCUCAAUAUUGUAAUGGAGCUGAAGAAGUGCUGUAACCAUGGUUUCCUUAUCAAACAGCCAGAGGAUGGUGAGAAUGAAAAGCCACAGGAGCACCUACAGGCCCUGGUGCGUGGCAGCGGGAAGCUGGUUCUCCUGGAUAAGCUGCUCACACGACUGAGAGAGAGAGGCAACCGUGUACUUAUCUUUUCCCAGAUGGUCCGCAUGUUGGACAUUCUUGCUGAUUACUUGUCUAUGAAACGAUAUCCAUUUCAGCGUUUGGACGGCUCCAUCAAGGGAGAGCUCAGAAAACAAGCACUGGACCACUUUAAUGCCGAAGGCUCUGAGGACUUUUGUUUCUUGCUGUCCACUCGUGCUGGAGGGCUUGGAAUUAACCUGGCCUCUGCCGACACAGUGGUUAUCUUUGACUCAGACUGGAACCCUCAGAAUGAUCUUCAGGCCCAGGCCAGAGCGCACAGGAUUGGCCAAAAAAAGCAAGUAAAUAUCUAUCGUCUGGUUACAAAAGGCACAGUUGAGGAGGACAUUAUUGAAAGGGCCAAAAAGAAGAUGGUUCUAGAUCAUUUAGUCAUUCAGAGAAUGGACACCACUGGACGAACUGUACUGGAUAACAGCUCGGCAAAUUCAAAUUCAAACCCUUUCAAUAAGGAAGAACUGACAGCAAUCUUGAAGUUUGGAGCGGAGGAUCUGUUCAAGGAACCUGAGGGGGAGGAAUCAGAACCACAGGAAAUGGAUAUUGAUGAGAUCUUGCGGCUUGCUGAAACCAGGGAGAGUGAUCAGGGAUCUAGUGCCACCGAUGAGCUGCUGUCACAGUUCAAGGUGGCUAACUUCACCAUGGAUGAAAGCACCCCAGAGCUUGAGGAGAAGCCUAUGAGAGAUUGGGAUGAUAUAAUUCCAGAGGAACAGCGGCGCAAGAUAGAGGAAGAGCAGAAACAGAAGGAAAUGGAGGACAUCUACAUGCUGCCCAGAAGCAGAAGCUCCAACAAGAGGGCACAGGCCAAUGACAGCGAUAGUGAUGUGGGAUCCAAACUAAAGCACAGAUCCUCAGGCUCUGACAGUGAAACGGAUGACACUGAGGAUGACAAACGGCCCAAGCGGCGAGGCCGACCGAGAGCUCGCAAAAACAACGUGGAGGGAUUUACUGAUGCAGAGAUCCGCCGGUUCAUAAAGGCGUACAAGAAAUUUGGAGCCCCACUUGAGAGGUUGGAGGCGAUUGCCCGUGACUCUGAGCUGGUAGAAAAGUCCAUUGCAGACCUGAAGCGACUAGGAGAACUGGUGCACAACAGCUGUGUGACUGCAGUACAGGAGCAUGAGGAGCACAUGAAGGAGAACCCUGUGGAAGCUAAAGGCCCAGGGAAAAGACGAGGCAUUAACAUAAAGAUCUCGGGAGUUCAGGUCAAUGCCAAGUCCAUUAUCCAGCAUGAGGAGGAGUUUGAACCACUACAUAAAGCUGUGCCUUCAAAUCCUGAUGAAAGAAGCAAAUUUCAGCUAACCUGUCGGGUGAAGACUCCCCACUUUGAUGUGGAGUGGGAUAUUCAUGAUGACACACAGUUGUUACUGGGUAUCUAUGAGCAUGGCUAUGGCAACUGGGACCUGAUCAAGACCGAUACAGAUCUCAAACUAUCUGAGAAGAUUCUCCUAGAUGACCCUAAUAAGAAACCUCAGGCAAAGCAGUUGCAGAUGCGAGCAGACUACUUGCUCAAGAUGCUGAAGAAAGAACAGGAAAGCCAAGAUGCUGGUAAAGCAGGAGAUGAGCCCAAAAUCAGAAAGAGGAAACCUCGAAUGAAGAAUAAGACGCCUAACAAUGAACUGACGAAUGAGAUUUCUUCUCCUCGUCUCUCUGACAACCCUUCAGAAGAAGGAGAAGUGAAAGACGAUGGAGCUGAAAAAUCUCCCACAAAGAAGAAACAGAAGAAGGAUAACAAAGAGAACAAAGAAAAAACAGGAACUCCUAAAAAAGAAAGGGAGGCGGACAAAGACAAAAAGCGCUCCAAGUCCAAAAAAGAGAAGGCUAAACUAGGAGGUAAAGUGAAGAAACCUCAGGGCCCAGUGCACAUCACGGCAGGAAGUGAGCCUAUACCAAUUGGAGAGGAAGAUGAUGAGCUGGACCAGGAAACAUUCAGCAUUUGUAAGGAGAGGAUGAGGCCAGUGAAGAAGGCUCUGAAGCAGUUGGAUAAACCAGAUGAGGGUCUGUCCGUGCAGGAACAGCUACAGCACACUCGUACCUGCCUGCUGAAGAUUGGAGACCGCAUCACUGAGUGUCUGAAAUCGUACAAUGACCCUGAGCACGUCAAGAACUGGCGCAGAAACCUCUGGAUUUUUGUAUCCAAAUUUACUGAGUUUGGUGCCCGGAAACUUCAUAAGUUGUAUAAGAUGGCUCAAAAGAAGCGCUCACAGGAGGAAGAGAAAGAGCAUAAGAAGAAGGAUGAUCCUGCCAAAAAGAAGCCCUUCAGACCUGAACCAUCUGGGUCAAGCCGGGAUUCAACAGGCACCCAGCCCUCAACCAAGCCCCAUCCUCCUGCCAACCACCCGCCUGGACCUCCCCCUCAUGGCCACAACAGAGAGCAAUACAACCAGCCCAAUAAAAGGCACUUUCCUAAUGAUGAUAGGGGAGAUUGGCAAAGGGACCGUAAAUACAGCUACCCAGGAAACAGCAAUCAGCCAUGGCAAGGGGAUCGGCAUCACCUCUAUGACAGUCACAGGUACAAGGACCAUCACUAUGGUGACCGCCGGCAACAUGGUGACUAUCGCAGCUCAGGAGGAUACCGUAACAGUGGCUCACCUCGCAAACGACCCUAUGACCAGUAUGGUAAUGAUAGAGAUCAUCGGGGCCAUAGAGACUAUUAUGACAGACAUCCAGACCCUAAGAGGCGGCGCUCAGAUGAAUACCGCUCCUCAAACUACCACCAAGGGGGAGGAGGACACCCUCAGGACUUCAGAAGAAUGUCUGAUCAUAGGGGACCCCUUGGAAACCAUGGCCCACCUGGGCCUGAUCACUACCGCCCCUUCCACCCUGACAAACCCCCACCCCUGAUAGACCCCCGUUCCCCUCAGGCCCAGAAAUCCCCCCUUGAGCCUAUCUCACCUGCAGAAAGAACUGCUGGGCAGAAACCUGUGACAGACUUUAAUUGGAACAACAGGAAGACGUGAGGUGAAUAGGUAGUAAGAGCAGAGACAGUCCGUACUGCCAGAGUACAUGGCAGAAAGGCAAUAAAUGGAGGGGACAUAACCAGCCACCACCAUAUCCUCCUCAAAGCCACAAGAUGAGGCCCAAACUCUGGAGCUCUUCCUAUCUACUGUCUCCUCCGCUCUCUUGUAGGUUUCAGCGACCAGGUUAAGUCUGCAAUUUUGGACUGAGAAUAAAGAACAAGGCAUGGUUAGUCCUAUGGACUAUGAUGUGACUGAGUGCUGUAAUAUGCCUGAAGUUAGAAAGUGCCUCAUGUAUUUGGUCUUUUGUGAGAAUCAUUAGCAGAAAAGAACUGUCCUGGAAGAAAAAUUUACAUCGAUGUUCAUGUCAUUUAUUUUGUGUUAUUUUGGUUUGUGUAAAAGAUUAUUUGAUGCAAGUAGCCUUUGUGUGGGGGGAAAAAGGAAUGAUUUUAUUUGCACCUUCAGAUGUGAAUUCAUUGUUAUGCACGUAGAUUGUGCUCUCCAAAACUUUCAGACCCCCUUUUCCCGUAAUCAUACUUCAUUUUGAGGGACAAAAUGGUCAAGACAAGUAAUUACAUUGAUGUUUUUGUCUUUGAUGUACAGUUAUGUAAAAGUCACAAAUAUUUGUGAUGACGAGCAUCAACUUCAACAGAAUUACUGUUUUUCCUCAAUUUCUUGAAUUAGCUAAAUGUGUCAUUGCUCUUGCAGACCCUCUGUUUCUUGAUAAUGUAAUGCUCAGACACCCUGUCAGAGGAUAGUAGUCUUAUUUAAAAGAAGAGGCUGAACAAUAUUCAGGCUCUGUGUAGAUCUUCUUGUCAGAACACUAGAUAAUCAUAACUCAUAAGCUAUAUUUGUCUUAAUUUCUUUACGACUGUAAUGCAUGGCACCACUUAAGCUCACUUUAUGAUCAGUGCUUGUAUGAUUGGUACUGUUGCAUCUUUUUAUUGCACUAAAAAGGACAGUACUCGCACUUUUUUUUUUGAGUAUGUAAUAAUGGUAGACAUUACCUGAAUUUGAUUUUUAUGUUUUGUUUAGUUCUAUUCCCAGUAUGAGUAUGCCGAAAUGUAAAUACCACUGACCUUUAAGUGGAAAUGAGAGUACUGUAUUAACGGACAUAUGCGUGUUCAGGGAGUGGCUGGGUGUCACAAGCAAUUUUUGCUGAACCAGAUUUUGUGGCAAAAAAAAAAAAAAAAAAAAUCACAGACUAGCAUGCUGGUAAAUAAUACCAUACAUUGGUUGUUCAUGUCAUGUGUUUCUCCAUUUGUGCCUUAUUCUUGUGUAGAUUCAAACACCGGUUUGGGAUAACAACGUCUUGCUGUCUGAAACAAUGCAGUAUUAUGCUGUUGUGUACAAUUUAAACUAUUUGCCAGGAUGGAGUUUUAACUAGAUGCAUGUUAAGCCAGAUCUGGUGAGUGGGCAGCAAUGUGUUGUGCUGAAUUCCAAAAGAUCAUGGUGGCAGGAAUACGAGAGUAAGUGAGCUGGUGAGAAAUCUGGGUACGUCUGCUCUGAAAUACUGAAGAUGCUUCUCCCCUUCCCACUCAAGCUCCUGCUCACACACCAUAGAUGUGUGUUGAGCUUUGAGACAAGCCAAUUUAAAAUAAUUUGUGAAAAGCCACUGUUCAGUUUAAUCGUACUGUACAUAUGUAUACAAACCUAAGUGUAUUAAACAUUACAACAUCA